AUGGCGUCGACGACUGCGCCGAACCCGUCGUCGAUGGCCGCUGCUGCCAGCAGCACAAGCGGCGGCGCACCCACCAUGGCGGCCCCGAGCACGGUCGGCAACGGCGCCAGCGGUCCCGCGAUGGGGGGACCGGCGAUGGCGACGGGCAGCGGCCAGGACUUUAUCCUCUUUGACGACUGGAGCAGCAAUGGCCAGCAGCAGACGCCAGGAGCAGGCCCGGGCACAAACAUCGGCCGGUCCUCGGCAUUUUUGGACCAUCGAGGCACAGGGACAGUGGCAGGUGCUGGAGCGGGCGCAGCAGAGAGCAGAGGAGGCCAGAGAGGAAUAGCAGGAGCAGGAGAGUCGCCCUUUUCGAGCCCGUCUUCGAGACCGGACGACGACUUUGGCCUCAACCAUCCGCCCAACAGCGGGACCCUGGCCUCGUCGACGGCGGCGCCCAAUCGCAAGAGGGCGAGGGGCCAUGGGUACAGCAGCAGCUGGCAGGGCGGCAGCAUCACCCAGCAUGUCCAGCAGCAGAAGCAGGCCAGCAGCCGAAACAGCCUCAGUGGGGGCAGUGAGAGCGGUGGAUGGAGCGGGUCGGAAACAUCGCCGAGGAAUCCUCCCAGCGGCUCAUUUGGCCCACCGAUCCACAGCCUCUCCCUUGGCGAUGACGGCUCCUCUACCUCGCCGGCGUCGUCCUCUGUCAAUGCGACUGCGGGCGACUUGGCCAUGAUGCCAAGCCUCUUUCCGACGGCGGCCGCCCCCACUUCCACGGCAAUGACGGAACAGCAGCAGCAUUCACAGCAUUCACAGCAGCAACUACAACAGCAGCAGCUACAACAGCAGCAGCUACAACAACAACAACAACAACAACAACAACAACAACAACAACAACAACCACCGAGCUGGGCCAGCAGCUUUCAGACUCCAUUGGCGCGUACACCACAGCCGCAACAGCCCUUGACGCAGCCGUCGAUCGACGAGCAAGAACGGGCAAGAAGGCAGGUCCAGGCCGAUUUGGCCGGUGUUGAUUCGAGGGCACUCCGAGGCCCGCUGCGGGAUAUUCAGCAGCAGGGCGCUGCUCUGCCCCCUUCGUUGAAUGAGCAGGCUGUGGCAGCCGCAGCCGCAGCAGCAGGUGCAGGUGCAGGUGCCACGCCCGUCUCGUCGACCUCGGCGGCCGGGCUGCAACCAUCGGCGUUGGCCCAGCAGAAUCUCCUCUUCCCCGGCCUGGGUGCUGGCAGCAACACGUCCUUCCAAGGCAGCUUCUUUCCACCCCAAAGCAUCACGCCGACUGCUCUUGAAAACAACAACAACAACAACAACAACAAGCAGCAGCAGCUACCCAAGAGGCCAGGCCAGCCGCGUCGGAGAAGCGGCAGCUUCGAUGCCAGCUUCCUGCCCACAUCCGAAGCGCCCAUGGGAGGCAUUGAAUUUGGACCAAACGGAGUUGGUGGGGCAGGGGCCAGCGGUGGACCCAGUGGCGGGUCCAUGUACCCCGGCUGGAUCGGCCAACCGACGAACAACUUCAACGCCUUUGACCUCCAAGGGCUCGACUUCAGCUCCAUGUUCUUUGGCAAUGGCAACAACGCCUACCUGCAGCAGCAUCAGCAGCAAGGGCAAGGGCAGGGGCAAAUUCAAGGGCAAGAGACGUCAAAUGACCAAUCGGCGGCUUUGCAGCAACAGCAACCAGGAAAGAGUGCUACCUUCAAACCGCCCAUGAACCGCUUCUCCACCGAGCUGCAGCGCGCUGUCGACCGGGCCAGAGCGCAAAAGCCCGUCCGUCGGCCGCUGACGAGGGAUCGGAGCGGGCUGACCAUCAGUCCCCAGGAGGCCUUUUUAGACUAUGACUCGGUCGAAUCGGCCAUGCAGGCCUCCGGGGCGGCCCCGAUGCAGAGCCUCUUUGCGACCGCGCCGCAUGCACUGCACGACGCCCUUGCAAGGGCUGCGCAGCAGCACCAGCAGCAGUCCGUCCCUUCGUCCAUCGAGACGGCAUCCAGCAAAAAGGAAGGGCAGCGCGGACUCGAGGGCACACCGAGCCUCGUCGACGAUGGGAGCAGAGGCAGCACGACGAGUGCGAGCAGAGAGACGAGCACGGCGCCGAGUCCGCCGCUGCGAGCACCGUUUGACAGGACGGACACGGCGAGGCCGUCAAAGGCUCAGAUGCAGAGUAUGGCUGCGCAACAGAGCAAGAUGGCCACACCGCCCUCUGCCGCCAAGAAGGCCGCGGACCAAGAGGCGACUUUGCGGCAAUCGCACGGCGAAAAGGAGAAGAAGAUGCACAAAGAUGAGACGAGCGCCUCGUUGCAGAGCCAGGACAGCAGCGAGGCGUCUCCAAGCCUCUUCAGUCCCUCUGAAAGCACGGGCAGCAGCACGGACGACGAGGACGAGAAACCGUAUGUCCCCCAGGACGGUGGAUCCGGAGGAGCGGGUGAUGGGAGCGGCGGAGGCCGUCAAGGCUGGACAUCGCCGUUCCGUGCGCAGAUGGGCGGAAGCUUGGCCGAUGCGAUGGGCGGGAGCCUCGCUUCCUCGUCCUCGUCAUCUACCUCGCCGGAUCCCAGGGGAGGACAGGCAAUGAAGCAGGGCCAUGAGCCUGGGCUGACUGGUGUUGCAGCUGGGCUUGAAGCAGCGACGACCGAUGGUGGUCAGUGGGGCCACGUCACCUGGCAGCCGUGGGCCUCGAGCAGCGGCGGGCAGCCUCCUGCGCCUCACAUGUCAGGCCCGCGCUUCUCUGUCGUCUCGAGCAGCUCGAGCGAGUCCGAGGACGAAGCACCAAACCGCCGCCGCAGUGGCGGCAAGACUGUGCCCGGCCAGCCUCCGUCUUCCUAUCAGUCUGGAGGAGGUCAGGGUGGCAAGGUGCAUCCUUCGCAGAGGAUGGUUGGUGGCUACAACUACAUGCCAAACAGCAACGAAAGCGGCCUCAGCAUCGGUCAACAUCCAUCUUUGGUUCCUGAGCAUCGAAUCCAACAGCAGCAUCAACAGCAGCAGCAACAGCAGCAGCAGCUGUUGGCAGGUCAAGGCCAGAGCAGCGAUGUGCCUCUCUACUCGAACGCGGACGACAAUCAGGGAAGGACCUCGAUGCACCACCAGCACAAGGGCAGUGACGCCAAGAGCGACAGCCAGCAAAGCCUGGACGACAAUGCGAGCCUGAGCCCCUCGAUCCGAAGCUCUGCAAAGCCCGUUGUGCCUGCCAUGAACGCUCCCGGGUCUGUCUCGAUGGCCAAAGGACAGCAGCAGCAGCAGCAGCAGCAACAACAUCAUCAUCAACAUCAUCAACACCAACCGCGAGGCUCGUUUUCCUCCUCUUCGGCGGCGUCGUCGUCGUCUGCGCUUGAGAGCGACGAGUGGGAGACGGGUGAGGACGAAGAGGACGACGAUGACGACGAUGCAGACUACGGGCGACCAGCGGCGGCGCCCUCGACGCGCGGAGGCGCUUCGAAUCGAGUUCGAAGAGGCGGCGGUCGCAAGAGAAAAGCAUCAGACGAGCGGUGCCAGCAGCAACAACAAUCAUUUGACGCUCUGCGACUAUGUUUCGCCCCUGACGGGCGAAGUCUGCGGGGUCGGUUUCCACCGGCCGUACGAUCUGGCGCGCCAUCGUGA